UCCCUCCCCCUUCCAUCGCCCCUUCUCAUCUCUCUUCCGGUACUCUUCCCCACCGAUUUCUUUCCUACUCCCUCCUCGUUUCACCACAACUCUUAACUAAUAAACUCGUAAUCCACACCGUUGAUCUAAUACAUCCCUCCAAGGAUAAAAUACCCAUUUAAAAUUUCCUAAAUUAAAAAUAAAACAUCAAACUCUCCAAUCAAUGGUCCACACUAGAAUGCCCCACUUUGUUUUUUUUCCAUUGUAAUAAAUUUGUAGGUUAUGUACAUGCUUGUAAGUUACAUCAGAUCAACGGUCUGGAUCACUCUGACUUAUGGAAUUUUUAUAUAGAUGCCGAAACAUAUAACUGGGCCAAGGGUCAUGAAAUGCCACCCAUUUUUUAUUCAAUCCUGUCUUUGUUGUUUCUUUUCUUCUAUCGAAAGUAUAUUCUCUCUCCCUCCCAUAUUCUCAGAUCCCUUAUUCUCUCCAUCUCCGGCCUUUCCCUUUCCGGACCUGUCGAUGCUCGAAAACUCCCCUCCUUUUCUAUUUCAGACACCCGCAAACAUUCCCAAUUCAAUCUUCCUACCCACAAUUCAGUGCAUAAGAUUGAAAUCAUGGAUCAUGCGGAGCAAGAGCGAAGGGCCCACGAAUACAUCAGCGCCCUUGAAGAAGAACGGCGUAAGAUCCAAGUCUUCCAUCGCGAGCUUCCACUGUGCCUACAGCUUGUAACAGAAGCCAUUGACAAUUACAAACAGCUAAUGAUGACUGAAUUGGUAUACCCUAGCCGCUCUGAAUGUGAGGAGACAUCGAAUGAUAGCCCUGUGUUAGAAGAGUUCAUUCCUCUUAAGCGGUGCUCCUCAUCAGAAGAGGAGAAGAGCAAGGAGAAGGACGAUGAAUCCGGCAAGAAGCCCGAUUGGCUGAAAUCUGUCCAAUUGUGGAAUCCAAGCCCAGACCCACCUCCAAAAGAGGAUCCACCACCAAAACCAUCAAUCGUCGAGACGAAGAAGAGCGGCGGAGCGUUUCAUCCUUUUGAGAAAGAAAAACCAACAAUGGCAAUGACACCAAUGUCUGACCAUUCAGCUAGUUCGACCGCUGAGAAGUGUAGCAGUGGCAGAGGUGGAGAAGAAAAAGAAGGUCAGUCAAAUAGGAAGGCGAGACGGUGCUGGUCGCCGGAGCUGCACCGAAGGUUUUUACAUGCUCUUCAGCAGCUGGGUGGAUCCCAUGCUGCAACUCCAAAACAAAUUAGGGAACUGAUGAAGGUAGAUGGGCUCACCAACGACGAAGUCAAGAGCCAUUUGCAGAAAUAUCGGUUGCACACUCGACGACCGGCUUCGACGAUCCAAAACUGCACUAGCAGCUCUCAGCCCCCUCAAUUCGUCGUGGUAGGUGGGAUAUUGUUCCAGCCACCUGAAUACUCUGCAGCUGCAGCCACUUCAUCUGCGGUGCAGCCCAACGAGGCUAGUACUAGUGUCACCACCAAUAAUAUCUAUGCUCCAAUAGCUACAUUGCCUCAUCAGCAUGGGAAUUCAUUGCAUCAGCGGCCUGCAGUGGGCCCCAUGCAAUCGGACGGCAGAGGCAGCCCAGAGGAGCGAAGCAGCCUCGCGUAUGGGAAUGUCAAUUCUAACUCUCCGACCACAUCUACCUCCUCACAUACCACCACGACAUCCCCAGAAUUAUGACUUCCAUGUGUAGAUUAGCAUGAAUACUUUUGUAACGAAUCUGGACCGUUAGUUUUUUGGCACUAGAGAAGAGAAAUUGGCUGUUAGGUACAUAGAAUAACAAAUGUUGAUGUUUCAAAAUAGGGUUUUGUUAAUGUUCCCACCUUCAUGGGACCCAUGGCUUUUAGAUGACACAUAAGGUGGCCACCUAUUGUUGAUCGAACCGCUCGCUCAUUCAUACAACUAGGAGCAAGCCAUGGUGCAAAAAUCAUAUUAAUUGGGUGAUCCAAAGCUUCUGAUCAAUAACAUUAAAAUGGAUGAUCAAGAUUGACCCGAGAAAUAAAUUAAGUCCAAUCAUCAUCUUAAAACAUAUGCUAAGAUCCCACUUUGUAUUUCUUAUUAUUGUAAAGUAAUAGUUUGAUUUGAUGAUUCUAACCAUGUGAUUUAUUGCUGCGUAUACAACAAACAUUAGUAAUAAAUUGGCCCCAUUCAAAGGGUUAGGAUCAUCAGAUCCAUGUGAUUCUUGCACCAUGGCUUCAUCUUUGUUGUAUGAAUGAAUGGUUUAGAUCGACGAUUGGUCAUCCAUGUACAAUUUAAAAGGUUUGGGGACAUUGGUGGUGAUGAUUAGCAAAGCCCUUCAAAAUAAUAGAAGCAAUUUUCCAUGUAUGAUCGAUGUAUAAAAAUGAGGUUUACUUUUGUCAAUUUACAAUUGUUAUUUCUUAAUCUAUUUUGAAGAGUUAUUUGA